CGCCCUGGUCACUUGAGGCCACCUCCUUUUCUCAAUGGAGCCUCUGUCUUGUAGCAAGGUGGUGUGAUGUGUACAACUUGCCCUGCUUCCUUAAACCCUGGGGGGCUGGGGUGACAGGCAGCCGGGCAACGCCCCCCAGGGGGGUGGGGGGGUUGAGCUGUUCCUGCUGGUCUCUACACUGCAAGCCAGCUAAAGCCCAAGGCCUGCUCGGAGAGGGGUUAGAAUUUCCUCAGAGAGCAGGGCUGGUCACAUGAGAGCUUCUGGCACUGUGUGCAGGGCAGGCUGGACACCAGCCUGCCAGAAUUGAGCGAGCGGAUUGUAUUGGCUUCGGCGGCGGCGGGGAAAAGUCCCAGACUGGCCUGGGAGCAGGAGCCGACUCACUCCCCCAGGCCACGGAGUGCGGGCAGGAGCGAGCAGCAGCGCGGCUGCUGCCGGCAGGACCCUGGGGCAUUGACAUCCAAAGCUCCGUGUCUCUGGACCCCGAGGAGAGUGUGUGGUCCCCAGGACUGAAGACGGAAAGAUGCCCAAGGAAUGCAGCGCGUUCCACGCCCUCUCGGCAGCUCUGUGCUGCUUCUACCACCGCAAGUCUUUGAUGGGAGUCAAGUUCUCCAAGGACAGGCACGUCAUGGACAGGACCCCUGAGCGCCUGAAGAAGGAGCUGGAGGAGGAGCUGCUGCUGAGCAGUGAGGACUUGCGAAGCCACGCCUGGUACCACGGCCACAUCCCCAGACAGGUAUCCGAAAACCUCAUGCAGCGCGAUGGCGACUUCCUGGUGCGGGACUCGCUGUCCAGCCCUGGAAACUUCGUCCUGACGUGUCAGUGGAAGAACCUGGCGCAGCACUUCAAGAUCACCCGCACGGUGCUGCGGCUCAGUGAGGCCUACAGCCGCGUGCAGUACCAGUUUGAGACCGAGAGCUUCGACUCCAUCCCCGGCCUGGUGCGCUGCUACGUGGGCAACCGCCGGCCCAUCUCCCAGCAGAGCGGGGCCAUCAUCUUCCAGCCCAUCAACAGGACGGUGCCCCUGCGGUGCCUGGAGGAGCGCUACGGCAGCACCCCCGGCCGGGCUCGGGACAGCAGCCUCACCCACGGGAGGCCAGACGUGACGAGGCGGCUGAGCCUCAGCCCGGGCAGCGUGCAGGCCCGAGAGCAGAGCUUGCCCAGGGGAAACCUCCUCAGAAAUAAAGAGAAGAGUGGCAGCCAGCCAGCCUGCCUGGAUCACAUGCAGGACAGACGAGCCUUGUCCCUCAAAGCCCACCAGUCGGAAAGCUACCUGCCAAUUGGCUGCAAGCUGCCCCCUCAGCCCCCGGGUGUGGACACAAGCCCCAGCCCGAACUCCCCCGUGUUCAGGACCGGCAGCGAGCCCACCCUGAGCCCGGCCGUGGUGCGGAGGGUAUCGGCGGACCCACGCAGCGGGGAGGCGCUGAGGGGAUCGGACAGCCAACUGUGCCCCAAGCCACCCCCUAAGCCUUGCAAGGCGCCCUUCCUCAAGGCUCCCCCAUCCCCGCCCACCCGGCUCAGCACAGAGGCCAACUACUGUGAACUGAACCCAGCUUGCGCUGCAGGCGGUGACCGGGGAGUGAGGCCGCCCCUGUACGCCCCAGGCAGCCAUGUGCAACUGCCCACAGCCAGACUGAGCGAGGCCCCGGGUUCCCGGAACUCUGGCACCAGCUACUUGAUCCUGGACAGUGACGAUGGGGCUAGGCCUUGGGAACCACCUGCAACCCAGAUGGAAGAGGGCACGUGUAAGGAGGACACAGGCGAGUUUGUGGCGCCCCUCCUGGAGACCGUCUCCUCCUUCCGGCCCAAUGACUUUGAGUCCAAGCUCCUGCCUCCCGAGAACAAGCCCCUGGAGACGGCCAUGUUGAAACGUGCGAAAGAGCUGUUCGCCAGCCACCACCCCAGGGUCAUCGCCCAGCACCUGCUGCACACCGACUGCAAGGUUGCCAGGAUACUUGAAGUCUCAGAAGACACAAGGAGGAACAUGGGCGUGAGCUCGGGGCUGGAGCUGCUCACGCUGCCGCACGGACGCCAGCUGCGCCUGGACAUCAUUGAACGACAUAACACCAUGGCCAUCGGCGUGGCGGUGGACCUCCUAGGCUGCACCAGCUCUCUGGAGGACCGAGCUGCCACCCUCAAUCGCAUCAUCCAGGUGGCGGCGGAGCUGAAAGACGCGGUGGGGGACCUCUACUCCUUCUCAGCCAUCAUGAAGGCCCUGGAAAUGCCGCAGAUCACGAGGUUGGAGAAGACGUGGACGGCCCUGCGGCACCAGUACACGCAGACUGCCAUCCUCUACGAGAAGCAGCUGAAGCCCUUCAGCAAAGUGCUGCACGAAGGCCGAGAGCCCACGUGUGUCCCCCCGUGCAGUGUGUCAGUCCCGCUGCUGAUGCCCCUCGUGACCUUAAUGGAGCGCCAGGCCGUCACUUUUGAAGGAAUGGACUUGUGGGAAAAAAACGACCAGAGCUGUGAAAUUAUGCUGAACCACCUGGCCGCGGCCCGCCUCAUGGCCCAGGCCGCCGACAGCUACCGGGCGAACGCCGAGAGGGUGCUGGCAGGUUUCCAACCAGAUGAAGAAAUGAGUGAAGUCUUCAAGACUGAAUUUCAAAUGCGGUUGCUAUGGGGCAGCAAGGGCGCGGAAGUCAAUCAGACGGAGAGAUACGAGAAAUUCAGCCAGAUUCUGACAGCCCUCUCCCGGAAACUGGAGCCGCCUCCUGUGAAACAGGCAGAGCUCUGAAGACUCCUCAGGGAACCUCAGCAUGCUGUUCCAGGCUGUUCCAGGCUUCUCCAGGUCCUCCUUUGGGAAAGCUCAUCAUUUGAUACAGUAAUAAUGUGCACAUCUGACAAUACACAAGCUUUUAGUAUCCACAGGAUAUUAAAUGUGUAAAUUGCACAGAGCACACUUAUUUAUGGACUGUUGAAAAUUACUACUGAUUUUAAAAUAAUUUAUUAUUAAGGUAACUAUUGCUAAUGUUGAUCAGCAAAUGUAAGAGAAGCCCUAGCUAUGUUGGCUGGCUGCCUUCCAUUAUUACAGUAUUUGAUCAUUUUAGUUUUGAUUCCAUCUCAGAUAAGUGUAAAUAGAAGAGUUUUUUUUAAAAAGCAUGAAACAUUUCAGAAGGUAUCAGUUGUAUGAUAUUCUUUAAAUGAAUAUGGACAAUGUAAAUAGUAAUGAAUGAAAAUAUAUCUUUUUGUGAAA